GAUCUCGUGAGGACGAGCAGCUCGCUUCAGACAUCAGCUUAUCUCUUCGUGUCCUCACGAAUGAACACGCUCCUGCUGCUGCUCUCCUUCGCCUUGCUUGCUGUCCUGAAUGUCCAUUUGACUUGGACCCUCCCCACUCCCCAGCUCAGAGCUUUUGUACACACAACUGCAAGGGAAGAUGUUGCUGACCCGUCUGCCCAGGCCCAGCUCUUCCUUUUCGUCGACGGCGCUGCAGAAGCAUGCGUGCACCGGCAAGCCCCUCUUCCGCGGCGCCGGGUGCUGGAAGAAGCGUGAGAGGCUCCUCGGCUUCCAAGCCAUAGUGGCCGUCAAACCGCCGUGCGCCGCGGCAGGGAAGGGCGGCAUUGUCCCGGCCGGUGACGACGACGACGGGGUCAGCCUCGGCACGGUGAGGCUGCCCGGCAACAUCGACAUCGCUCGCUUCGAGAGCUUACUCUUUCAGUGGGGAAACAGCCUCUGCCAAGGCGCCAACCUGCCGCUUCCGGUGCCUCUCAAGGUGGACAAGGUCGAGGGCGGGAUCAGACUAGGGUUCAUCGCAGUGGAGGACGGCGCGACGCAGACGCUGGUUUACAUCGAUUGCCUGGUUUCUCAGGCUCCGGACGGCACCGGUCUGGUAUUCCAAGCCAUCAGGAACGGUCCUAUGAAGGACAAGGAGCCACCUGGAGAGCCCAGGAUCAUGAGAAGCCUCCUUGAGGCUCUCCAAAAGUCUAUUCAGAUUGCGCGAAUUUGACAAUGUAAAUAAAUGGCACACGAUUAAGAGCUGCAAUCCCCUCCUCUGUAAUUACUGAGAGCCCAUUGAAUCCUGUUAUUCUAGUUCUCUCUUGAGUACUCAAAGAAACUGAAGCUAUAUGUUACUUUGAGAAAGUUAUAGUAAAGAGCACCAUGGUCCAGUCGAUCUUCAUCAUUAA